GGAUGCCCUAUAAAAGAUGUUUCUGUCCCUAGCUCCUCACUCACUGGUUCUUCAGCAGAAAACUCCUGUACUUGUCUCUGAUCAAGGUUUACUGAACUUCCACAGAGAUGUCCUGCCAGCAAAGCCAGCAACAAUGCCAGGCCCCGAAGUGCCCACCCAAGUGUCCUCCCAAGUGUCAGACACCUAAGUGUCCACCCAAGUGUCCUCCCAAGUGCCCACCCAAGUGUCCACCCAAGUGCCCUCCCCAGGCUCCAUGCCCUCCUCCUUCUUGCUGUGGCUCUAGCUCAGGAGGAUGCUGUAGCUCUGGGGGAUGCUGUGGCUCCAGUUCUGGAGGAUGCUGCAGCUCUGGCUCUGGAGGAGGCUGCUGCCUCUUCUCCCACCACCAUAGAAGAUCCCACAGGCACAGACGCCCAAAGUCUGACUGCUGUGACAGUGGCAGUGGGCGCAGCCAGCAGUCUGGAGGCUGCUGUGGGAGCUCUGGAGGUUGCUGUGGUAGCUCUGGAGGCUGCUGUGGGAGCUCUGGAGGCUGCUGUGGGAGCUCCGGGGGCUGCUGCUGAUCUGGUAUCCCAAUCUAAGAAGAGAGGAAGAAGCUAUUAAUGGACCCUGCUCCCUUUUCUUUUCACUCCUUAGCCUUUGGAACCUCCUGGAUUUGAACUAUUCAGAUGUUCUUAGUAGAUGGAGAGAAACAAGGCCAAUCAUUUCAUUUUAUUUCAACCCUCCACUCCCCCCCCCCAGAAUUGAAACCAUUCCUCUCUUUUUCAUUUAACCUAAGCAACAAUAAAGUUUUUGUU